AUAUUACAGUCUAGGGCUUGCUGCUGAAAAGCCCGCUGGAUCCUCCACUGACCUGCUGUUCUUUCCUGCUUUCCUCUCGUGUUUUUUCCACAUUUAGAUUAAAAACAAAGCUCUCUCUCUCUUUCUCUCUCUCUCACUCCCAUCUCCCCUCCCUCCCUUCUUCUUCUUCUUCUUCUUCUUUUUCUCCUCCUUCCUAUCCUUCUUCUUUUCUGCGGCUGCAGUCAAGGCAGAGACUUCAGCGUGUCAAAGAGAGGGUGAGGAGGAAAAAACGCAGAGAGAGGAAGACUGUUUGGACGGAGCUGAGAGUGUGUUUACAUUCGUAUGUUUUGCUUUUGGACGGUGGUCGGGUGAAGGGGCACGAGGAGGAGGAGGAGGAGGAGGAGGAGGAGGAGGCGGAGGAAGACAAGGAGGAGAGCCUGCCCGGAUGAAAUUCUCUGUCAUGUGUGGACCUUGACUGAUCACAGGGUGAGCAGAGGGAGACAGAGAGAGAGCGAGACACCACAGGAAAGACAAGAAAGUCGAUAGAGAAAGAAAGAGAGGAGGAAAAACUGAGACUGUGAAGAAGAAGGGAGAGGAGAAGAAGGGGGCAAAGUCUGGUGCUCCUUUUUUUAUCAUGACGUUGUUCGAUAAACAAGGCAACAGAUUGAAAACUCAGAAGUUGUGUGUCAAUAGGAAUUCUCCCUCAGAAGAAAGUGAAGGAGGAGAAAGACUGUGAGGAGUAAACACUGCUGUGUUCAACCCAGCUAAGGAGCAGAGGCAGGACUUUGAGUGUGUGUGUGAGUGGGUGUGUAACCAGUGGAGGGCAGAGGAGUGGAGGGCCAGGGGACUAACCUGGCCAUCAAACGGACUGGCAGCCUCUCCUCUCCUGGGAUCAUGUACCCUCAGGGACGGCAUCCGGUACCCUUGCAGCCCGGCCAGUCUUUUAAGUUCACAGUCCUGGAAACCCUGGACCGAAUCAAGGAGGAAUUCCAGUUCCUCCAGGCGCAAUAUCACAGCCUGAAACUGGAGUGUGAGAAGCUGGCGAGUGAGAAGACUGAGAUGCAGAGGCACUACAUCAUGUACUAUGAGAUGUCCUACGGUCUCAACAUUGAGAUGCACAAACAGGCGGAGAUUGUCAAGCGUCUCAGUGCCAUCUGCGCUCAGAUCAUCCCUUUCCUCUCUCAAGAGCACCAGCAACAAGUGGUCCAAGCAGUGGAGAGGGCUAAGCAAGUCACAAUGGCUGAACUGAACGCCAUUAUCGGGCAGCAGCAGCUCCAGCACCUGUCUCACCAUGCCCCUGGCAUCCCCCUCACGCCGCACCCAUCAGGCCUGUCUCUGGGUGCGGGCGGCUCAGGGCUCCUUGCCCUGACCGGAGCCCUGGGGGUCUCGGCUCACCUUGCCUCCAAAGAUGAGAGAAACCACCUUGACCCUGAACAUCUCAGAGAGGGAGCACCCAGCAGGAGUAAGUCAGUGUCAUCAACAGACAGUCAGCCUAACGAGGAGCGCCAGGGUCCUUCAGGAGGGUACUCCUCCUCACAGGGAGGCGCAGAGGCAAAGAGGAGGCGCUGUGACGACAAAGAUUCUCUUCCUCCACACUCCUAUGACAGUGAUGGAGACAAGAGUGAAGACAACCUCGUAGUGGAUGUCUCCAAUGAAGAGCCUAACUCUCCUGCGGGCAGCCCUCCUCACUCCCCUCAAGGGAACGGCUUGGACCGGGCUCCUACCCUGAGGAAAGAGCUCCCAGGCUCCUCAAACACAGGAGAGGCCCCCUCCACCCCAAACCCCCGCAGCCCCACCCCAGGGAAGGCCAAGGAUUCCACACAAAUGGAUAAGUCCCAGUCUCCCUUGUCUAAGUCUGGCACCCCCUCCCCAUCCCACCGUGACGCCCUCACCCCAGGAGCACCAGGAGCCCCUGGACCCAGCACCUCCUGCCUACGUCUGGUCAGCAAAGCAGCAUCGAGUGCAGACCCUCUUGCUCUCCGCAGUCCCAUGUCUGUGCCCCCCGGUUCAUACCCAGCUCACUUUGGAGUGGUGUCCCACGCAGGACUGAAUGGGGAGCUAGCCAGCCCAGGAGGCUUUGGAGGCGCAUUGACACUCUCCCCUCAGAUGAGCGCAGCAGCAAACGCAUACUCCCGAAGCCCCAUGGUGGUGUAUGACUCUCGGUCUCACCUGAGAGCUCCAGGACUUUCCUCCUCUCUGCCUGGUUCCUCUGGUGGCAAGCCUGCCUACUCGUUCCAUGUGAGCGCAGAUGGACAGAUGCAGCCGGUGCCCUUUCCUCCUGACGCCCUGCUGGGCCCAGGAAUCCCUCGCCACGCCCGUCAGAUCCACAGUCUAAACCACGGAGAGGUGGUGUGCGCCGUCACCAUCAGCACCUCGACGCGUCAUGUCUACACCGGAGGUAAAGGCUGCGUCAAGGUGUGGGACAUUAGCCAGCCGGGAACCAAGAGCCCCAUGGCCCAGCUGGACUGUCUGAACAGGGAUAACUACAUCCGCUCCUGUAAAAUCCUCCCAGACGGACGGACCUUGAUUGUCGGUGGGGAGGCCAGCACCCUGUCAAUCUGGGAUUUGGCCACGCCCACUCCUCGCAUCAAGGCGGAGCUGACGUCAUCUGCACCCGCCUGCUACGCUCUAGCUAUCUCCCCCGACAACAAGGUGUGCUUCUCCUGCUGCAGUGACGGCAACAUCGUGGUCUGGGACCUUCACAACCAGACUCUGGUCAGGCAGUUCCAGGGCCACACAGACGGAGCGAGCUGCAUCGACAUCUCUAAUGACGGCACCAAACUGUGGACGGGAGGGCUGGACAACACGGUGCGCUGCUGGGACCUCCGAGAGGGACGCCAGCUUCAGCAGCACGACUUCACCUCACAGAUCUUCUCUCUGGGUUACUGUCCGACAGGAGAGUGGUUGGCUGUGGGAAUGGAGAGCAGUAACGUGGAAGUGCUUCACGUCUCCAAACCAGACAAGUACCAGCUGCACCUCCAUGAGAGCUGUGUUCUGUCUCUCAAGUUUGCCUACUGCGGCAAGUGGUUCGUGAGUACAGGAAAAGACAAUCUUUUGAAUGCAUGGAGGACACCAUACGGAGCCAGUAUUUUCCAGUCCAAGGAGUCCUCGUCUGUGCUGAGCUGCGACGUCUCCCCGGACGACAAGUACAUAGUGACGGGCUCCGGGGACAAGAAGGCCACGGUGUAUGAGGUGGUGUACUGAGGGGCAGAGACAAGAUGGCAGGGGACAGGAUGGAGUGUUUAGGGUGUUUUUUUUUUUUUUUUACAUUAAUGAAAAAGGAGGAGGGGAAAGAGAAGGGGCAAGCAGUUAACCAGUUGCCCUGCAAACCAAUCCUGAUCCUCAUUUACAUCAGCAACAGCAGCAUCCCCGUCUCUGUCCUCAUAAUCCCAAACCUUACACAUCAGCCCUUCUCCAUCUUUAUUUUUGCUGUGCUAUAAGCUACUAUUGAAGCUUAUAAAUGCCCCCCUCCCCCUCUUUGUCUAUUUAGCUCAAGGAUGAAGCAUGAUAGCAAAGAGAGAGGAAGUAGCACGAUAAGAAGGACAAAGGGAAAGGGCGGUGGAGCAUAAAGAUAAAGUCAGAAAGCAAAAGAGGAGGAGGGGAGAAAGCGAGAAGGAAGAGAAAUGACAGGGAGGAAGAGGAGGGGGAGGCCGGGUAAUUAGGGCUGUUUCCUGAUUAAGAGCUCAGUGGAAGGAAGGCCCCCAGAGGAGGCGCGGAGCAGCACUGCGGGAGCGCCAGCCAGGAGCACUGAUACCACACAAUCGAUUCAUUAGCCAGACAGUGGAAGCCUUAAUGAGGCUGACGCCGCAGCUCGCUCUCCCCACAGAGAGGUGUCAGGAGCUGGGGAACGAUGACGCUUCAGAUAUCCCCACACACCAACAUGAAAUAUAGACCUGCUCACGCAUACACAGGAGGCGCACGUCAUUGGACUAAAGUACACACAAACACACUUGGAUCCAGCCCCUUGAGGUAAACGUUGGAACAGAAACACACACACACACACACACACAACACAGAGCACCCA